AUGUCCUCCUGCUAUGCGCCUUUUUCUCCUCCCUCUUGCGGACUGCUGCUCGCCUUUCCUCGCGAAGAGCCUCGUCUCGCUCACACCAGCGCUCGCACCAGCGCUCGCACCAGCGCUCACACCGCCGCUCUCACCGGCGCUCUCACCGGCGCUCUCACCGGCGCCAUGGAGCACAGCAGCGGCGGCAGCAGCACGGGUACUACUGGCCUUGAGGCGUGCGGCCUCGACCGUUGCGUGUUUCUGGCAGUGGACGGCAGGGAGGACGGCAGUCAGAGCAGCAUUCUUGGCCGCGCCACACGUGUGGUGGAGCGAUGGCGUGGCGCCGAAUGGCAAGGGGGGGAGGAGGAGGCGGCGGGUGGCGUAGAGGAGGAGGCGGGGCAGGGGCGAAGGAACACGGUGGAGGUGGUUGCUUCUCUGUCGCUCCUCUCCUCCUUGUGCUCCGGUGUGUCGGAUGCGUCGAUUUCCAUGCGUUCCCUCGCAUCCAUUCUUCUCUGCCCUCCCUUGCCAUCACUUUCUUGUCGUCCCUCCGUAUGCCCACCUCUGCCUCUCUCCCCAUCCUUCUCCCCACCCCUCUCCCCAUCCCACUUCCCAUCCCUCCUCCCAUCCCACUCUCCACCCCUCUCCCCACCACUCGCUGUCCCCAUCCCUCCCCACGCCUUUCCCGACGUGGCAGGGAUGGGCCGGGGGUCUCCAGAGUGGCAGCAGCAACUGCAGCGAGUGCUGCCGCCCCACGCCCUGCAGGGCCUGCGCACAGCGCUGCUGCUCGUGCCCUCGCACGCCCAGCGCCUCGCCGCAGACAAGGCGUGGACGAGGGCGCAGCGGCAGCUGGCAGGGCAGCAGGGGAUGCAAGAAGGGAGGGGUGGGGGAAGACAGCAGCACCAGGGGGCAGCAGCGGGUGUGGUGGGCGUGCGGAUUGCCGUGGCAGGCCGUCCCAGUCCUUCCGGUGGCUGUGCUGGCGCCGACCUGGUGUUGCUCUCCGCGGUCUGCGCUCCCCCUGCUGCGUCCGCCUCCACACGCGCCCUUCCAGCCCUCUGGCCUCCCUCCAGGUCAAUCCGCGCUGCUCUCUCAACCCCUGCACGAAUCCUCAUCAUCUUGGGCCACGAGGGCACCCUCUCAUCCGAUAGUGCCACGUGGCGCCGUGUCAUUGGCCACACCAAGGCCCACAACAGGUUCUUUGAAGCGGAGCGAUUGGACGAGACACUGAGGAGGGCGGUGAGGGCGAGGCGGGCGGCUGUGGAGCAGAUGGCGCAGAUGCUGGGGGAGGCUACUGAAUUCGCGUCUGGGGGGGCUGUGGGAAGCGUCUCAGAAGGUUCCAUGCAGUGGCACGAUCUGCUGUGGACGGGUCUGUUUUCGCCUUCAUUUGGGGAGGCUUUGGAGCAGCAUGAGUCAGCAGAGGUGCUGCUGCUGCUGUGCCGCAUACUGCAGGGCCGGCAGGGCAGGCGAGGGGAGAGGGGCGGUAAGGCGCUGCAUCGCUGGCUGGAGGGAGGGGGUGGGGGGGCGGGGCGAGGGUGGGAGGAUGAGCGGUCACGGCAGCUUGGUGACAUCGUGCAUGUGGAUGUGGUCGGCGACCUUUGUGGUGAGGCUGUGGGCACUCGUGCCGGAGAGCCAGUGCAGGCCAUGGCUGCGCCGAAUAUCCGCCCACCUCGCCUGCUACUCGCCCGCCUACCUGCACUACUGCGCUCUGCACCAGUACACAUGCUCCUCACCUCGCCUGCGCGUCCCUGCUGCUGUUCAGCAACCCGGGAUACACUGGUGGCGCCCUCCCUCAGGUAUGGCUGGCUAGAUGACACCUUCCAGUUCAGCGCCCUUUUCUCCUUCCACUCCCACCUGCCAGCUCACUCACACCAUGUGUCCUCUCUGCUCCCUCUCUUUCACCUCCCAGAAGCCCCCACCGAGGGGGCAGGGGACGCAGGGGACGCAGUGACACCACCAAAGUUCAUAGCGCUGCAGCCCGCCAUGGCACUCGCGCUGCUGGCGCAGGGAUCAGGUGCGCUCAGCGGUGUGCUGAGCCAUGUCCCCUUUGAGGUCAACGCGGAAGAGCGCGCUGCUGUCACCUGCCCCUCCAGCCUCGUCCUACAUGGCCGCUCUGGCACGGGCAAGACAACAGUCAUACUUCACCGCGUGCUGCACCUGGACCGCCUCUUCCGCCUCUCUGCCCUCCCGCCCCACCUGCUCCUCGGACUGCCUUCUCCUGCCAACGCUUCAAUCACCGCGCAGGGUGACGGCGUGGGCGGUGAUGUGGGGGAUGGGAGCGGGGGCGGGUUGCGGCAGGUGGUGGUGACUCGGAGCCUGCAUCUGUGCGCGUCCAUUCAGACUGAGCUCGUGAAGGCUGCACGGGCGAUUGCAGCCUUGGAUGCUUUCCAAGCCGGCUCGCCCCCACCACUCCCCCAAGCGGGUCAACAUGCGCACGGAGCACAGGCAGCUGUUGCAACAGCCGGUCAAUGCGUGGGUAGCAGCAGCGGCACGGGCAGCAGCAGUGGCAGCGGCAGCAGCAGCGGUGGCAGGCUGUUAAUGCGGGAGGACCUGGAGAGCGCCCUUAUGGGGGGGUUGCCACCGUGCAUCGCCGCCAUUCCGCCCACCGCGUUCCCCCUCGCGCUCACCCUCUCCAAGCUGCUGCGCCUGCUCGACGCGUCCGUCUCGCGCCCCUUCCUGCACUCCACGCGGCGCCGCCGCCGGCAGGACGAGGCGAGGCAGCGCCUGGUGCUGGCCAUUGGCGUGAGUGGGCGGGGCGUGAGGCAGGCGUGGGAGGAGGGGAAGGUUGAGGGCGCGUGGAGUGGCCGCGUUGAGAAGGACCGGUGGGAGGCGAAGGGGGGCAGUGCGAAAGGGGGCAGUGCAAGGGGGGAAUGGAGGCGAGAAGGGGAGGGCUUGGGAGGAGGCGAGUGCAGCAGGAGUGGAAGAGGGCGGGAUGGCUGCGGAGGAUGGCGGGAGCAGCGGUUGAAGGGUGGAAAGGGGAAAGAAGCGGAGGAGGAAGGGGAGGAAGGGGAAGGGGAGGGGGAGGGGAAGGAAGACGUGGAGGUGGAUUAUGAGCGGUUCAGGCGGCACUACUGGGCGCAUCUGGACCAGCGAGCCACGAGCAGAGCCGUGAUGGAUGCGGCAUUCGUGUGGCGUGAGAUCAGCUCUCACAUCAAGGGCAGCCUGCAGGCGCUGCACUCGCCGCAGGGGCACGUGGGCGAGGAGGAGUACGUGGGGGGCAUGGUGGGCAGCAACGCGCGCACGAGUGGCAUGAAGGGGAGCGACCGGCAGGCUGUGUAUGAUGUAUUCCGGGCGUAUGAGAGGAGGAAGAGGCGGCAGGGCGAGCAUGACUGCGCGGACCUAGUGGGGUAUCUGCACCGUGAGGUGCGGCGCAUGCGGGCGAGCAACGAGCCGUGGUGGGCUGUGGAGGAUGCCGUUGCCAGUCACAAUGGUGCCAGUCAGCGCACCACUGUUGGAUGCACCACCAUUGGUAGUGUGCAGUCACAGCCGUCGCAUACAUCACAGCCCAGUGGGUGCGUGGGUGCUGUGUUCGACUGUGUGGCAGUAGACGAGGUGCAGGACCUCACUCAGGCGCAGCUCGCGCUGCUGCCGCUCCUCUGCUCCAACGUUGCUUCUGGCUUUGUGCUUGCGGGCGACACCGCUCAGUCCAUCGCGCAUGGCGUAGACUUCCGCUUUGAAGACCUCGCCCGGGUGGUUUAUAGCGAGUUUCUCAAUAAAGGGGAUGAGUGUGGCAGGGGUGGGGGGGAAAGAGGGGAUUUAAAGGCGGGGAAGGGUGGCCAGCAAAGCUGGGAGAGGGGAGAAUCGCGGAAGGAGAGGAGCAGAAAGGGCCAGAGUAAGAUCAGCAAUCCUAGCAGCAGCGGCAGCAAUGCAGCGUCUCACCAGUUUGUGAAAUCUCUCCCCACGUUUCAGCUGGUGCGGAACUACCGCACUCACAACGGAGUGCUGCGCCUCGCAAACAGCGUCGUGCAGCUGCUGAAGAGCUUCUUCCCGCUGUCAAUAGACCGCCUGCACGAGGAGCUAAGUACGGUGGAGGGGUGUAAGCCGGUGCUGGCAGCAGUUUCCUCCACAUGGAAGGACCAUCUCGCGCACGGCAUGCCUCUCAGCGCCACUCAGGUGGGCAGCGCCACUCAGGUGGGCAGCGCCACUCAGGUGGGCCGAGCCACUCAGGCCAUCAUAGUGCGCAGCGUGGAGGAGAAGAGCGCCUUGGCUGGCCACUUCAGUGUGAAGCCGGUUGUCCUCACCGUGGAGGAAUGCAAGGGCCUCGAGUUUGAGGACGUGUUACUUUUCAACUUCUUCACCUCCUCGCACUCCACGGCCCCCUGGCAUCUCGUCUACACCUACAUGCGCAGCACUGGCCUAUCACCGCGCUUUGGCGCCGGCCUGCCUUGUGGCUGCGGCACCAAGGGCCAUAGCAGCUGCAGUCUCUGCACUCUUGAUGAUCUCAGGCACUGGUCACUGUGCUCCGAGCUAAAACAGCUGUACGUGGCAGUAACGAGGGCCAAGCAGAGGCUGUGGGUGCUGGAGGAGAGGCAGGCAGGCGAGCGCACGCCUAUGGGAGACCUGUGGGCGGCAAUGGGCAUCGUGGCAGUGAAGGACGAGAGGGAGGUGUGCCCGGAGUCUGUGAAGCGUGUCUCCAGUGAGAACGACUGGAAGGCGCUUGGCUUUACUCAGUUCUUUCAAAGAGGCGAUUACGAGGCAGCUCGGGCGAGCUUUGAGCGGGCGGGGGACACGGGCAACGCUCGCUUCGCUGAAGCCACCAUGUUCUAUGAGGCGGGCAUGGGGCGCACAGCACAGUCAUCUGCAGCCGCCAUUGCUGUAUCAACCUCCUCUGCCUCGUCAGCCUCAUCUGCGCUGCCCCCAGUGCUCCCGGACCCCUCUCUGCUGUCCUGCACCAAUCUGCUCCUGGCUGCGGCUCGUUGCUUUGAGGGCAUCAAGAGGGGCUUGGAGGCAGGCCGUGCGUAUGCCAAGGCUGGGUGCUAUGAGGAAGCAGCACGUGCCUUUCUCACGCUGUGCCAACCUCCUGACCACGCCAACGCUGCACGGUGCUUCGAGAAGCUAGGCAGGUUCGCCGAAGCAUCUGAUUGCUACAACGCCUUGGGCGACAGACCCAGUGCCCUCGAUGCGUGCCUACGUGGCAGCAUCUUCGCCAAGGGCCUCUCACUGCUCGACAGCUGGCAGGCAGUGGCGUCUCACCAGGCCACGUCAGCACCGGCAUCUCACGGGGCAAGUGAGUCCAGCUCAGCAUCUGCGGGACCAAGGAGUGGAGAUUUGUCUCGCCUGAGGCAUUGGUACGUGAAGGAAUGUGCAAGGAGGCUGGGAGAGCGAGGCAGUUACGGUGAGAUGAUGGUGUAUGUGCACCUGCUGCCGGGAUUGCACGCCAAGCGCGCGUUCCUGGAGGGCGAGAGGCACCUGAGGGAGCUGGCAGGUCUAGAGGAGCAGGAGGGCGAGGUGAGGCGGGUGCCGGGUAUACUGCUGAGAGCGGGGAUGCUGCUGGAGGCAUGCACUCACUUGUGGAACAGGGGUUGGCCAGGGCGGGCCUUGGUGGCCUUUGUGCGGCACCUGCAGUGGCGGGUGAAUGCGGCGGGGCUAGGGGCGUGGAGGGUGGGAAUGAAGAGGGAGGCGGGGGGCAGCAGCGAGGGGCAGGGGAGGGGCGUGGCGCUGAGCAGAGAGGAGGUGGCGAUGGCUCGGCGGCUGCGGGUAAUUGAGACGGAGAGUUUGGAGUUUGCAGACAGGAUGGAGUGCGAGGGGAGUGAUCUGGCAUGGGCCAAGGUGGAGAUGAGCGUGCUGCUGUUCGUGCUUGAGCUUCAUUCUGAUGCUGCUGAUGCUGCUCAUAAUGCUGAUGGUUCUGAUGGUGCCGCUGCUGCUUCUGCUGAUGGUGAGAUCACUUGCAAAGCGGGUUGUUUGGAUCGGCAUGUGUCAGAAGCUACAGAGCUCGGGGCGGGGAGUGCUGCUGUGUGUGCAACGUGUGUGGAGCUGUGCCGAGCGAAGAAUGCAGAAAGGGAAGCUCGAGUGUCGCAAGCGUGGAUGAUCGUAAACAGGAAGCGGGUGCUUCCAGCAGGGCGCAUGGAGAUAGGCCCACAGAGGGCUUCUGCGAGCAGUGGAGAGAGCAGGUUCAGGAGCAUGGAGGGGCAGAGGGUGGUGAAGGAGUUGAGUGAGGCGGAGUUGAGAGAGGUGGAGGAGCUUUGGGAGGGGGGUGAUGUUCUGCGGAAGGGCUCAGAGCAGGUGUGGCGAGAGAGGCGGGCAGAGAGCAGCGGCAUGGAGCAGAGGGACAGCACGGGUGGUGGACAGGGGGGGCGUGUGCAGUGGAAGGGGGUGGAGCAGCUGCGAGCAGAGCUGAUGCUCGCAUACACUGGGCUGCAGGAGUCUCUGCGCUUGCUGCAGUGGGGGCAGCGCUGCCUGUUGCACUACCUGGAGGAGCAUAUUUCAGCUGAGCCCCACAGCAAUUGCACCGGCCCCGCACCUGCUGCUCACGCAUCUCAGCCUGCUGCCAACCCGACAGCAGCAGCUACAGCAUCAACGGAUGCAUUAGCCAGUCAUGGUAUCGACGACAUGGGGUUGGCAUGGGCACGAGGGGAGAAGGCAGAGAGGCUGUCCACAACAGGGCGGAGCGGGAAGAUGGAGGGGAAGGAAGCUGUGAAGGCGGUGAAAGGGGUGUGGGAGAAGGAGUUUGAGAAGCGAGUGGCGGAUACGAAGCGAGUGGUGUUUGAUGGGGUUGCACUGUGCUCCUCUGCACUCAUAAGCUGCUCUGUCAAGGUCGCUAUGGUCACAUGCCAACAUCAUGUGUCCACUGCUUCCGAACCAUCGCUCCCUCUGCAUCAGACACCGUUCCCAUGCCCCCCACUGCUCACCUCCCUUCGCACCCUCUUUCUCCUCUCUGAACCCUUCCUCUUGCUACUCCCUGUCACCACACUUUCCUGCUCACGCUCUGCCUUCUUCCAGCCCUGUUCUCUCACUCCCACUCACAACCUCCUCACCUCCCUCCUCCUCCACCCCAGCCCUUCCUCCACGCACUCUCGGCCCCAUGCCCGUCUCCACCUCACGCUCCUUCAUCUCAAGGCUGCCCUUGCAGCCCUGCUGCUGCUGCCAGACAAUCGGCUGGAGAAUCGCAAGUCAAGGGAGAAACGAGCUGCCAGUGCUGAGGAGGGGAGUGGCGGAGCUGGAGGGGCGGGGAGAAGUGGAGGCAGGGGCGGGUGUGGUGGGAGCUGUGGUGAGGGUGAAGGCAAAGCGGGCGUGGGACGCGAGAAUGGAGUGGGUGUAGCCUGGACCACGCAUGGGGCAGCCGUGGGGAACACAGCAGGGCAGCGUUUGGUUCGUGGAGUGCCGCAUGGCGCAUGUAUGGAGGAGACUGCUGGGCUUUCAGAGAAAGAGGUGUGGGGCAUCACACAGCUCCUGCUUGUGUCUACAGUCAACGCCUUUCCUGAUCCUCGCAACCACCUACACUGCAAGGAACAGUUUGGCAGCUUGAAGGGAAACCCGCUCAUGGCAACCUCUCUCAACAGUUUCUUUGAAUCACUUAACACGCGAGCACUGCUGUACCAGCAAGCCUCCAACAUGUGGAAUGUGCAUGGAGAUGUUGGACGGCGGGUUCCUGCCAUCUGCCUUGCGUCAUUGCUGCCUCCACCUCCUCCGCUUGCUCCUCCUUAUCCUCCUCUUGCUGCUCCCUUCUAUGCUGCCCCCCCAAACCUCCUCCCUGAUCCUCCAUCUGCGAUCUUCAACCUCAUGCCAGCUUUUGCAAUUCACCUCGCUCGGCUCCUCUCUCUGCUGCUCCCUGUCUUACUUGCUCGUGCAACGGAAAGGGAGGGUGAAUACAUUGGGCCGGCCAGGUUGGAGCUCGUGCGUGCGCUAGAGGCAAUGGGCAUUGACAUGGUUUGCCACUCACUCUCACAUUAUGAGAGCCAUUGCUGCACGUGGAGAAUGGGUGGAUAA